UUUCGUCUUCAGCGCGGUGGAACUCGCGCUUCGAAAAAGCUGCGAUGUUAUUGGCUGCUGGUUCUGCGUUCAAUCCGAAAAAGUGUGUUAUGUCAAGUAUGGCGGCCCUUGUAAUUCGGAAGCAAAUGAAACCAAUUUUUUAUCGAAGAUUAUACGACAUAACUAAAGAUAAAGUCAUUGGAAUUAAUAUUAAUCAAGGAUUGACAAUAACUUGGGAUCAACGCCAGUUAUUUCAUGCAACUAUAUGGUGUAGACGUAAAAAAGCUGUGGAUGCGAGAUCGAUACGCCCUAUUCUAUACCCUUCAAAAUCGAAAACGCAACAGCUAGAGGCAGUAAAAAUAUGGAAGAAUAUGACUGUCGCAGAAGUGGCGCAAGCUGCAGAAAAGGAUAUAAGCUUAGUAUUUGAGGCUAUGGAAUUUACGGGUGGUAAUAGAUUCUAUAAAAACCGCAACUCUGUUAUAGAUGAUAUGAAAGAAAUCCGAGAAAUCAUUAAAAUAUUUGGUAGAAAAGUUGAAUGCGUAUCGCAACCCAGUGAAAAUACAGAGUCUGCUGAUGACACCAAUAAGGAUGCACUAAGGCGGCCUCCACCAGACCCGGCUGUUCUGAUAAAACGUCAUCCAGUAGUUACAGUCAUGGGCCACGUUGACCAUGGAAAAACAACACUCUUAGACUCGCUGCGUAGCACAGCAGUUGUGGACUCUGAGUUUGGUGGGAUAACUCAACACAUUGGAGCAUUUAAUGUUACCCUUGACACCAAUGAAAGGAUAACUUUUUUGGACACUCCUGGACACGCGGCAUUCAGCGCAAUGAGAGCUAGAGGUGCACAUGUUACAGAUAUUGUUAUUCUAGUGGUAGCCGCGGAUGAUGGAGUGAUGGAACAAACAAUUCAGAGCAUUCGAAUGGCAAAGGACGCUAAAGUGCCGAUAAUCGUAGCAAUAAACAAGAUUGAUAAGCCAGAUGCUGAUAUUGAACGGACAAAGGCAAUGCUGGCACAAAAUGGCAUACAAGUAGAAGAUCUAGGUGGAGACGUACAGAGCAUAAAUAUUUCAGCGCUGAAAAAAAUUAAUUUGACCAACCUGACUGAAGCAAUCGCAGCGCAAGCAGAAGUGAUGAGUCUCCAGGGAGAUCCUACAGGUCUUGUGGAAGCAGUUGUAAUUGAGGCAUCCAAUGAUCCAGGACGUGGGAAGCUUGCAACUGUAUUGAUUCAGCGUGGAACCCUCAGAAAAGGAUCUAUUCUCGUGUGUGGAAAAGCCUGGGCCAAAGUUAGAUCAAUGUUUAAUGAAGAUGGUAAACCUGUGAUGGAAGGUAAGUUGUCCGAUGCUGUGCAGGUCAUUGGAUGGCGCGAGAUGCCAGUUGCUGGGGAUGAGAUACUUGAAGUUGAAAGCGAAAAGAGAGCAAAAGAUGUAAUCAAGUACAGGAUGAGUCAGGAGUUUGAGAAGAAAGCCAAGGAGCACGCGAAAGCUGCAGAGGAAAGACACCAGCAACACCUUGUUGAAUACAGAGAAAAUUUAUUGAAAAAAAGAGCGUUGGGAAUAAGAUAUAAAAUGAGAGCGACCGGUCCGCGACAAAAGGAAAAACCUCGCGAUGACGGAUCGCUCAAGGUUAACGUCAUCAUCAAAGGCGAUGUUGGUGGAUCUGUUGAAGCUAUAUUAGACGUACUGGAUACUUACUCUAGCACAAACGCGUGCCAGCUUAACCUAAUUCAUUACGGUGUUGGAAACGUCACAGAGACCGAUAUUGAUUUAGCGGAUGCAUUUAACGCUAUAAUAUACAGCUUCAACGUUGAGACACCAGGUAAAGUUGGAAUUCUAGCGAAGGAGAAUGGUGUCCAGAUCCGGCCAUUUAACGUCAUCUACAAACUAAUCGACGAUUUAAAAGAUGAAAUAAGUAGAAAGCUUCCCGUGGUUCAACGAGAAGAUAUUCUUGGUGAAGCAAAUGUUUUGCAACAAUUUGAGAUAUCUGAGAGAAAGAAAACAGCUUACGUAGCUGGAUGUCGAUGCGUAAAAGGAAUGCUAAAAAAAUCUGCAUUAUUCAAAUUAGUGCGUGGAAAGGAAGUGAUUCACUCAGGUCCGGUAGAAUCGUUAAGGCAUAUCAAGUCUGAAGUUGAAACCAUUAAAAAUGGGGUGGAAUGCGGUCUCAGACUGAAGGAUCCUGAGGUUAAAUUUCAGCCUGGUGAUACCCUGGUUUGCUACAAUUUGGUUGACGAAGAGCAGAAAUGCGAAUGGGAUCCUGGAUUUUAAAUUAUACACUGUAAAGACGUAUUGUUGGUAACUAAUUAUGAUUUAAAAAUUUGUUGUAUAAAACGAAUAAACGAUGUACAUAUGCUGGAAAAACUAUGGAUUCUUUUUCUCAAACGACCUAGGCCAAUUUAAAAAGUUUUGUAUUGAUUCAUUCAAUUGUUUUGUUAGAUAAAGAAUAUUACUUAGGGUUGCAAAAUGAAAUCAUGUACAGAUUUAUUCACAAAUCUGUUCUGAAGAUGAAUUGAUGAAAAAUAGAACCAAUAUUACAUUUAAAAAGUAAAGAAAUAUGAUUUGCAUAUUUUAUUCGAAAUAUACACGUUAAUAACAUCAUUAGAUACUAUUGUGCAGAAAUAAUUAUAAUUUAAUAGGAUAUUUAAAUAGAUUGGAUUAGAUAUUCAUUAUAGAUUAUAUUAGAUGCAACGAUAGCAAAUGUAUCGAAACAAGACUUGCUGAUGAAACAUAAAUAUGCAAGAUGAAAUCUUGAAAUGACAACCAGAUAAGUUCAUUAACUCUAAAUUAAUCAAGUGAACCCAGUCAAGUAAAUGAUCGAAAUAGAGAAUACAGUUUGCGCACCAAUUUGGACACUUACGUUUCAGAUACUGGAAGUUUUUUUAGAGCACUAGUGACUACUGUCAUUUUCAUUUUAGCGUGAACAUUUGAUUUCUCUACAACUAUUUAUAACAACCGUGAGGUGUAUCAAUAUUUGUAAUCCACUUUUUUUUGAUUUCCGAUUUUUUUAUUGGUCUGUGUUAGAACUCAAAUCAAGAUAACUACACUUUAUAGCCCCAUGCCUACUGUAUACAUGUACUACAGAGUAUUUUUAACUUUAAAAUCAAUUGGCUGUCAUCGAACGUUAUAAAAAUAUAAAAAUAUAGUCAAAUAUCGUUAAGUGUCUUUUUUCCAAAACGUAUGCAUACCAUACAUUUCAUAAUUUAGUACGAUUGUUCAUCCAA